ACAGGCGUGCUACGGUCUGUCCGUGUUUUUGUUAAAAAUCAAAUACAAUAAAACAAAACACUUUGUAUGUAAAAAAAAGGGGCCUCCAGACAUUGGCAGGCAUAACUAGUACAGUUGAAUCGAAAGAACUGGAACUGCCGAUGAACCAGGAUGUUUCCGGAGGCGUUUGUCUUGUUGCUGCUGGUCGCAUUUAAUGCCGGUUCUUCGCUGGGAAAGGAUAACGAACGAUUCCACGAGGAGCUAGUGGUUCGCCCAUUAUCAGGCGACCAUGUCAACACCUACUUCCAGUUCACCACGCGCUGGCACUACGGGGAAAAGGAUAAUCUUUACCACACCCAAUUGACGCCCCGGGUGAUUGCUGAGCUGCUGCAGCAGUUUGCGGUGAAGGAGCUGCACAUCGGGUUGACCCAGGGAUUGUGGCGCUACGAGACGUGGGGCUAUCCCAUUGUGGAGGCCACUAGCGGUGCGGAGAUGUGGGCGUGGUUCAGCGGCUCGAAUCUGACCAAUGGCGAGGUGGACCGCCAGUGGAAGGAGCUGGCCAACGUUUUCUCUGGCGUACUGUGUGCCUCUUUGAAUUUCGUGGACAACACGAAUAGCAUUGCACCGCGACACUUGAUCCGGCCGCAAUUCAUGCCCGCCAAUGGCCAGAGAUUCGUGCGGUACUCCACACUGCCGCGAGAGAUUGUGUGCACGGAGAACCUGACGCCGUGGAAGAAACUACUGCCCUGCGGCAGUGCCUCCGGCUUUGCCUCGCUCCUCAAUUCCGGCCACGUGCACAACACCAAGUACCAUUCGCUGGGCCUGAAGGUUCGGGUGCUGUGCGAGGAUCACGACGAGGAGAACUGCAUCGUGGAGCUCACACAGACGGCCAAUUUGGUCUACGAUCUGCGCCUGUUCGAGCUGAGCAACAACGACUUCUCGCUGCGCCGGCUCUUCGGUAUGGGACUGAAUGGAUUCUGCGAGCUGGCCGAUAGCUCCAAGAUCUAUGUGCAGCGCAACGAGCAGGGCGAGCGCUUCCAACUGGUUCCGGCACCCACGCAGGAGGUGAGGAGCACCCGCGGCGGCCACAGUGUGGUCUACUCCGUCUACGACAUGCACGAGCAGUUCAAGGAUGCCGGCGAGCGGCUGUUCAAUGUGGCCUGGUUGUCGCCCAAGAGCGAGGGUCGCCGGCGCAACCUGGCCAAGCCCUCGCUGCCGCCGGUGACCGUCCAUCGGUAUUUGCUCGGGCAUGGCCAGGAGCGGGGCAGGAUUGUCACGGAGGUGACCAACUCCCACUACGAUGCAUUGCCCAUUAUGGUGCAGGAGGUGGUGCCGUGGUAUGUGCACGCCUACCUGCACACCCUCUCCAUUCGCCGGAAACCGCAGCGCGUCAACGAGUACGGACGCCAGCGGCUGCCCUUCAAGCUGCUCCACUAUACGCCCGGGAAGCAGAGGGAGCUGCCCUCCCACCUGGAGAUCGGCUUCAUGCUGCCCGGCCAGACUUCCGCACUGAUAACCAUCGAUGUCGACUAUCUGCUGCUCAAGUGGCUGGAGUAUCCGCCGGAUGCGAAUCACGGCCACUACAUCGGCGCCGCCAUUGUGUCCAGCCAACUGCCGAUGGGCAGGAACUACACCGCCCUGCCUCCGGAGGGGCAUCUCUUCGAGCAUUCGUUCAAUGCCACGCGACCCAGUUAUGUGCUCAGUUUGCAUACGGAGGCGCUGAUUGUCUCGCUGCCCACGCCGGACUUCAGCAUGCCGUACAAUGUGAUCUGUCUGGCCUGCACGGUGGUGGCCUUGGCCUUUGGGCCCAUCCACAGUGUGGCCACCAAGAUGAUCAUUGUGGGCCGUCAGGCGUCGGCGCCCAAGAACUUUGUCAAGAAGAUCUUUAACAAAAUUUUCCGACGUGGCAAGGCGGGCGAGGAAGCACCUGCAGAAGCCGAAGGAGCGGUAUUGGGAGCAGCAGCAGCAGCGGCACCAUUGGGUCCAUCGGGAUUCGGAUCCUCGAGAGCAUCAAGAACGACAGGCGGGCCCUCCGGUGACCAGCCGCUGCUGGAAGAUCUCGACGAAGAAGAGGAGGAGCAGGACUAGGAGAUGACACACAACCAGCCACGGGAGUCGUGAUAAGCUCCCACCGAUAAUAUACCUUUAUAAUUCCAAUAAAAUAAAUUACAAAACAUA